UGGAGGGGAGGGCGCGGGGGUGGGGGAGACCAGCCUCCGGGAAGCUCGCCUCUCCGGACGGCCCUGUAAGCCCCACACGCGCGCCCCCACCCCGCCUCCGGCUCGCUCCUUCCCACCUGCCAGAACUUCUCCCAUGUGCCGUCAUGAGGCGAGCGCUCCGCUCCGGACUGGGCGCUGCUGCGGCGCUUGUCCUGACAGCCUGCGCCUCUCUCUGCACAGGCUUAACAUGUGUGUGCCAAUUGUGUGAAAAAACAAACUUCACUUGUGAAACGGAGGGAGCAUGUUGGACUUCUGUCAUGCUAACGAAUGGUCGGCAAGAAGUAAUAAAGGCAUGUGUUUCCCUACCGCAGCUGAAGGCACAGAUCUUCUGCCAUGGUUCUAAGAACGUAACCAGGACAGAAUGCUGCUUCACAGAUUUCUGCAACAAUGGCACCAUUUACCUGCCCACAGGUCAAGAACCUUCAAACAAAUCAAAGCUAGGACCUGUGGAGCUGACUGUAGUUAUAACCAUACCGGUGUGUGUGUUGUCUAUUGUUUUACUGCUGGCAGCCUACACGUGCCAAGGACACCUCUGCAGACACAGAAAGAAAAGAAGGCCAAAUAUUGAAGAACCUUUAUCUGAGUGUAAUCUGGUGAACCCAGGAAAAUCUCUCAAAGAUCUAAUUUUUGACAUGACAACAUCGGGUUCUGGAUCUGGUUUACCUCUCCUUGUCCAAAGGACAAUUGCAAGGACUAUUGUUCUUCAAGAAAUUGUUGGAAAAGGUCGAUUUGGCGAAGUCUGGCGUGGAAAAUGGUGCGGAGAGGAUGUUGCUGUGAAGAUCUUUUCCUCAAGAGAUGAAAGGUCUUGGUUUCGUGAAGCAGAAAUCUACCAGACAAUCAUGCUGAGACAUGAAAAUGUCUUGGGUUUUAUUGCUGCUGAUAACAAGGACAAUGGGACCUGGACUCAACUGUGGCUUGUAACUGAAUAUUAUGAGCAAGGCUCUUUGUUUGACUACUUAAACAGCAAAACUGUGACAGCUGAUGAAAUGAUUAAGCUGACAUUUUCAAUUGCCAGUGGUCUAGCACAUCUGCACAUGGAAAUCGUUGGAACCCAAGGAAAGCCAGCUAUUUCACACAGAGACUUGAAAUCUAAAAAUAUUCUAGUCAAAAGGAACGAAAGCUGUGCUAUUGCUGACUUGGGGCUAGCUGUGAAGCAUGACUCGGUAUUAAACACAAUUGACAUACCACAGAAUCCUAGAGUAGGAACCAAGAGGUACAUGGCUCCAGAAAUACUUGAUGAUACAAUGAACAUAAAUAACUUUGAGUCUUUCAAGCGUGCAGAUAUUUACUCUCUUGGACUGGUGUAUUGGGAGAUAUCUAGAAGAUGCUUAGAUGGAGGAGUUUUGGAGGAGUACCAGUUACCUUAUUACGAUGCUGUGUCUUCUGAUCCUUCAAUAGAAGAAAUGAGAAAGGCAGUCUGUGAACAAAAGCUGAGACCAAAUAUUCCAAAUCAGUGGCAAAGCUGUGAGGCGCUGAGACUUAUGGGCCGAAUCAUGCGUGAGUGCUGGUUCACCAAUGGGGCAGCUCGACUGACAGCACUUCGUAUUAAGAAGACAAUUUCUCAACACUGUGGACAAAAUUCCAAAGCUUAAAUUUACAUGCUUUGUAAAAAUGGAACAGGAAAAUGCAUUUAUGUCUUUGGUUUUUGUAUUGUUUUUGAUUUUGCUCUACCUCACAUGAUACUCAGAAUAGUACUGCAAAGCCCAAAUCCCAGAAUACUAGAAUGUAGCUUCAUUGGUUCUUCACAUUUCAUCAGAAUUAACUUUUGGUUGCUGGGUGAUGUGUGUCUUGUUUUGGCUCGUAAAGGAAAAAUGAUUUAUUUAUUUUAUGGGCAUAAUAAUCCAUGAACAUGCUGCACAGUAUUGACAUGAUACUUCCUGCCAGGGCCGCAGAAGCUCCUGAAUUACAGAGAAUAUAUGAGAAGUGAACAUCAGCGAAAGUUUAACCCUAUGGCAGAGCCCUGUUCUUGUUUGUGUUGGUGGUAUACAUGAAUUUGAUAAACUAGACCAAAAGUGGGCAACUUGUGAGCUGAUUUUUAUCACACCUUCCGUUCCAUCUAAAUUCACUCUUAUACAAAAACAGCUUCCUUUUAAAAAAGGAGAAAGGCUGAAAAUAGAUUUCUUGAUCUAUUUCUGGUGGAGCCCACUGCAUUCUGGAAAGUUAUCUCUGAAAGGGUGCAGCUUGUAAACACAAGGUUAUUUACUCUUUGAAGUAAACUCUGAGGAUAUUAAAUACAUUGAAUCUUUAUUAAAAUAUAUUGGCCGCUGGCUUAUUUAUUUAUUUUUUUAAAUUGAAAUGACCGGCUUUUCAAUUCACUUCAAGAACUGAGAAAUGAGCCAUAAGAACUCCUUAGAACUUGAACCUGGAGAUCUCUGGAAGAGAGGUUGACUGCAGGCUUUCCUCAGAAGAUUUCCACAGGCUGUGUCUUCAUGUUAAGUACAUUCACUUGGUACUUUUUUAAAAACUUUUUUUUUCCAGCCAGCAACAGUGCCUGCCUUACUUUGUAACAACCUGGGGGAGGAGACACACAAACAAAUAUCUGGCAGUGUUUCCAUCUUUUGUUCAGGAAGGCCCUAGAGAAAAAUGAGUCCCCUUCAGUAAAGGGGAGUAAAAAAUUCCCCUUAAAGAAACCAUAGUAUUUUAUGACCAAAGGUGUGUGUGGGGGGGGCGAAAUGCAAGCACAUACCCUUGACAUUGCAGAUGUAAAGAAUCAAAAAGAGAUGCUACCAGUCAGAGCUGAUACGAUUGGGCUAAGCGAGCCAUAGGUUUGGCUUUUCUGCAUUCCUAAGGAAAUAAGCAAAUGAGAAACUGAGACCAAACUAUCACGGCAUUUUUCACAGAACUUUGUAGAAUAGGCGGUGCAAUAUGUGUGUGUGUGUUUGUGCGUGCGCAAAUGUAUAUUAUGUGUACACAUAAUAUACAUUAUAUGUGUAAUGUGCAUUUGUGUGUAUAUAUGCACACAUGCACAUUGAUUUUUAUUAAUCAAAUAAGAAUAAUUAAAUAGAACUUGCUUACUGUGAAAGUUGUUUUUAUAUUAUUAGUCACAUUAUAGAUGAUCAUUUAUUUAAAGCUUUAACCACCACAUUAUAGUUAAAUGUUGGAAAUUCUAUACGUUAUAUGUCUUUUGUCUUCAAAUUUCUGUCUAUCAACUAAUUGUUCUAAAUCUAAAGCAGUGUAAACGCGACGGGAUAAAUCUGGAAUGUCUGUUUUGCGGUGCCAAAAUUUAGAACAAAGUCACAAGGUCCUAAUGUAAAAUACGGGUAAUGCUUACCUGACUUUUCACAAAGUGUGAGAGUGUUUAGCUAAAAAGAAAUAGUAUUUUACACAACUCUGUUUUGAUCCAUGAUUUUGAAAAAAAAAAAUCACUAAAAGCCCUGCAGUCUAAAGAAAUGUCAAAUAAUCACAAGUAUCAGUAUUAAACUUCUGUAAAUUUGGGGGGGGAAAUUGAUGUAUAUAUAUUUUAAUAUGUCAUUCAGUUGUGAAGAUGCAGCUUUGAUGUUUAUUCUACAAUCAGAGCUGCCUUUUUUGUAAGCUAAUUGUGUUAAGAUCUUCUCGUGCAACCAAUGUUUCCCAUGUGACCAAAGCUGACCAUGUAGGAAGAUAACAUGGGAACCAUAAUUCUUAUAUGUACCCAUGGUUCACAUGAAUCCAAUGUGGCAUGGGAUCGCCAAAUUUAAGGCAGCUCUUGGAUGGUUAUGGUUUGCAAGUGAAUGGCCUCAAUUAUUCCACUUCAUAAACUAUUUGAAUAGAAGAAACUAGUAAGACCAAAUUGUUGCUGCUAUUUCUGGUUGUAACUGUCUCUGUGCAUGACAGAGAGGGUGAACUGUUCCCAGUCAGCCACCCAUAAUAUAUUCAGCCUGAAAUCCCAAAUGUGAAUCUCCAAAUUUCUAGGAAAAAGAGUUGUAGCUUAAGAGGCAGAGUGUAUAUUUUGUAUGGAAGAAGCCCCAGAUUCUAGGGUGGGGCUAGAAAGAGUUUUGUAUAUCAGGGAACAAAACGUUACCCUGAGGUUGAAAACGGUAUCACUUUAUUUUAUUAUUUCUCUGUCUUAUAACAGGAAUCAAGCCAGCCAUCUCAGGGAUGUUCAUAUUAAUUCUGGGGUCUUAAAAUGCAAAUAACUAUGUUGACUUCUAUCUUCAAUUUUUUCCCCUAAAAUCUGUAUGCAUCCCUAAGCCAAGAUUUCAACAGUAUAGUCAAUCAUGAAAAUAGGAUUUUCGUUGAUGCUGACUCUUGUGAUGUGAAUGUAACCUGUGCCAAUACAAUAGUAAACGGAAAUUUAUAAAUUGCCGAUUGUCAUCCUCACCAGUAUGACAAUCAUUCUUUCAGUUUAAACUAGCUUUUAGCAUAAUCCUAGCCAAUUUGGGCUGAAUUCCAUAGCUAAGCAAGAGCAGCCCUGGUUAGCACUUGAACUGGAGCCAAUGGCAGGCUGUACAAAAUCAGAAUACAUCCCUCCCAAGGGAAAACAGUGACAAAUUAAUACUGUAACAAUCCCAAGAAAACAGUAUAGAUGUAGUCACUAGUAGUCACUCAAUUCAAGGGCCUUUAAUUAAUUAAGCUAGUCAUUAAUGAUAUUUAUGCUGAUAUUAAAACAAUUGAAUAUAUCUAAGAAAUGUGUGUCACAUAUUCAUGCAUAGUGAUUGAUGAUGUUCCUUGUGUUUUAAUUUGAAUAGUCAUUUAAACACCCUGUGAUUGAUCAUCUCUAAAUGGUCCAUUUAUAUACACAAGAAUCAUUUGAUGCUACAUUUCAAAGGUGAUAAACAAGCAAAGAAUGGUAUGAACUGAUCCUGAGUCACCAAUGAUGACUUUUUGAGACGUAGAAGUAAUAUUCCCAGAUUUUCUGUAGUGUCAUCCUUUUAUUUGUCAUUUUGCCCUUAUGCUUACAUUUUAAAAUUAGAAUAGCAUUCUAAUUGCUGAAAUUGAUAUUGUUAUGUGAAAAUAACAAGAGUGAGAAAUGACUUGCAUGUGACAAUUGUUGCUCAUAUUCUUUGUUCUAUAGGGACUGCUGAUAAAGCCUAAAACUGAUAAAGUGUGCAAUUCUCACAUGAAUAAUUACUGUAGUUGCUUUACAGUUAACAGAAUGCUGCCACAAACAGGGAGUUUGUGUUUUAAAAUAUUUUGUUAUGGAUAAGCUUGUGCUUUUCUUACUUGUAUGAAGUAAUCCAUAAGAAUCAAGCACUUUCCAUUAAUUAUAGGCACCACAAUUUUAUGGCUUAGGCAGAAAAUAAGUAUUAAAUGAAUAAAAUAGGUAGUAUUCUGAAAUGUGAUGAAAGUGCAAUACAUUAAAUCUGAAGAAAAUAUGUAUAAUUGAGUUGUGCAGAUUUAUAUAGGAAGAAAUAAGUUCAAAUGAUGGUUGAUGGUGGAGCAAAGCUCCAUUCUAGAAGGGGAAGAUGUAAAUUUUCAGUUGCAAAUGCCUAUAAAGAAAAUGUGUUAAGAAUAGAUUUCUCUUAAACUAUCUUUAAAUAAAAUUAUGGAACUGAAUGAUGAAAUAAGUUUUCAUACUAUAACUUGCUUUAACCUAAUGUAUACUAUCACAAAGAAAUAUUUAUUUUUUAAACAAAUAGCUUUUAUUAUUGCUGCUACUGCCUCUAGUUGUAAAUAAUACGUGUUGUAUUUUUGUAUACUACUUUUUGCCUCUCAAAGCAUAUUUUUAAAGUGUCAAUUUUACAAUUUUAAUUUUUCUUUGCUGUUUUUGUGAAGCAUAAUUUCUUAUAAACAAUAAAAAAUGAACGCCUGAGGAAUGUUAUCUGGUUUGCUGCUCAUACAUUCAAGCACAAAUAAUUAAAAUGUAAGGAGCC